AUGGCGAAAACGGCGCUCCAAAAGUGCCUCAAGUUGCACAAGCUUUUCGUAGCCGAGAUAGCUCGCAGUGCAAAGCUCGAGUCAGAGGGGUCUCAGGUGCUUUCAUCACUUGCUAAUUUGAGUCAGCGAAUACCGAUUCUGUUACAAUCAUCCGGCAAUGCCAACGGACAAGACAAUGACGUUUCGGACGUAAUGGGCGUGUUGAGCGAUGUCCGUGAUACUGAAACUUUAUUGCUUCAGAAACACGUUUUGGCUCUGGAAAAGAGUCGGGGGUUCUUGACUGAUAUCAUGCACGACUACCAAGAGGUGCUGCGUCAUCUUCGGUCUUUUGCGAGCGACUGUGUGACGCUCGUGGAUGACGCACUCAGAGAAAGUGCGGUCAGCGAGGACGACCAAGUCGCAGCGGUGGCUUUUCCCUUGCAGCUGCAGGAGUGGAUGGAGACGGUGCUGGCAAUGUUCGAACACGAAGUGCUGCGGAAGAUCCGACUCGUGGCUGAUUUGGAGUACAGUGACUACGUGAGGCUCAGUACUGUGCACAAGCAGUGGAGUAGCCAGGGAGCUAUGGGCAACAUUGACAGCAAUUACGUGCAAACAGGUCUCCAACUGCCACGAGCCACGACUUCAUCUACUCUGCGAUCUCAAAGGUCGACACCAAGUACAUCCUCAAUUAGGGGCAAGAACGAGAAAUAG